AUGAUCAACUAUAGUAAAAGAACUGAUUUAUUCGAGGCAUGGAGAGCAGCUAAUAGGAUUGUCGGUCUACAUAAUGACGACAACGUAUGGGUAGCUGGAGAAAAAGAGGUGGAAAAGGUAGCAGUCGGUUAUUUUGACAAACUGUUCACGUCAACUUUACCGACGGAUUUCACGGGAGUACUCGCGCAUAUGCCACACCGGAUUACUGCGCAGGAAAAUGAACUUUUAACUCGUCGUGCGACAGAGACGGAGGUACAUGAAGCGCUAUUCAUGAUGCAUCCAGAGAAAGCACCAGGACCGGAUGGCAUGACUGCUAUUUUUUCAACGUUCAUGGCAUAUAGUUAA